GACCUCCGGUCGUGCGGCCUGGGAGCGCAGGCCUGCAGCGUGACCAGCGCGCUCGCGAAGGAGGCGCCGCUGACGCCUGCCGGCCGGAUCGUCCUGGAGACCGUCCUGAGAGUGUGCGACGAAGUGCAGGCGCUCUUGGGCGAGCUGGGCCACGCCAAGAGAAUGGCGGACCCGUUCAUAGUGACAGUCCUGGAGAGGAUCGCUGUUUCAUACAUGCAGUCUGGUGAGCCGAGGAAGGCGAACCAGUGCUUCUGGAGAGCGUUGAGAAUCCAGGAGUCUCUGUUCGGUCAGAACAGCCUCGAGGUGGCCAUGACCCUCAUGAACCUGGGGAGCACCUACGGCGACCUCGGUGAUCCGUGGGAGAAGCGCAGCGUUCUCGAGCGCUGCCUCCAGAUCCGCAGCGGCCUGUGCGGCUGGGACCACCCAGAGGCAGCCGCGCGGCGUGGCGGGACGCGGCGGUGA